AAACUGGCUUAUGACAGCACUGUGAAAACGGAAACAAAUGAUAUUUCAAGCCAAAUAAAUAAACAUUACUACUUUUUGAAGUUAGGAUAUUUUUUCGGAUAUUUUCAUUUUCAAUGUUUUAUUUAUAACUUCUUACUAACUUGUUUUCUUCUAAAUGUUUAUGAACGUUAAACAGGGAUUUACGUGGGCUGAGUCCAAGAAAGAAUGUGAUGUUAUUUCGUUUUUGUACAUUCAUCUGCUAAUUUUGUUGUCGUGAACUGUACAUUUUUCUAGUUUUAGAAAUUUCUUUGAAAGGAAUUCAAUGGUGGAGAAAUUAUUGAACGUUUCAAAACGAAAUUGUCGAGAAACUGUGAUUAUUUAUAAUAUAAUUUGUUAAAAUGUCUUUGAGUGUGGAUUCACCAAAAAGUUCUGAGGAGAAGACUACACCAAUUAUCCAACGUGUCUCCCCUAGAUGUAUAACUGGAGUUCUAUCUGGUGCAAAUAAAGGAGCUUUAGAUUGGGGCUGGCAGUCAUUUUUUGCAUAUGGAUGUCAUAACCAUAUUGUAAUUGUUGACACAGAAAAUAUUAAGGCUUUUCAAACUUUGGAAAGGCAUGCUACAGAUGUCACUAAAGUAAAAUGGGCUCGGGAAAAUUACUACCAUGAUCUUCAGCAUCCUUAUUCAUUGAAGUUAGCAUCUUUAGAUUCUGGUGGUUUAAUAGUUAUUUGGGAUGUCAAAGAAGGAAAACCAAUGACAACAUUUUCUGAGCCCGGAAAAGCUGCAAUUGAUAUAGAAUGGCUUCCAGGUGAAGAUUUGUGCCAAAAUCUACUCUUAGGUCUACAUCCACCAUAUUCUAUAGUAUUGUGGAAUACAGAAACUGGAGCUAAGUUAUGGAAGAAAUCCUAUACAGAAACAUUACUUUCUUUUGCUUUUGAUCCAUUUUCAAUCAGAAAUAUUGCUUUUUUAGCAUCAGAUUGCAUUUUAUUUGUUGAUGACUUCAACUUAGUUAAAACUCCAUCCAGUAAUGGCCGUAAAUUCUGUAUUUCCAAUCCUUCAUCCAGUACUUCUGCAGCUGAAGGAAAAGUGAAAGCUGUCACUAGAAAUACUUUAACGAAAAGAAUAUGGCUUCUGUCUAAAUCUGACUCAAAAACUAGUGAGGAAGGAGUUACAUUGCAAGAAUGCCUCACACUCACUUAUCACAAGACCUAUCGACAUCAUCUUCUUCUUUUAUAUCCGAAAGAAGUUCUCAUUUUAGAUCUUGAAAUAAAUCAGACUGUUGGCAUUGUGUCAUGUGAGCAUUCAUGUUCUUUCAUGAUGCAGUUAUAUUCAUGUAACCAGAGAGAUGCCUUCUACAUUCUUCAUGACUCUGGAACAGUUUCCUUUCGACUCAGACAUCGUGGUCAAGCUGUAAUGGCGCUCGCUACUCCUUUAGAGUGUUCUGAUACUGGCAUAAACACUAACGAUUCCAGUUUAGAAGUGACAUACGAUAUGCAGUGUCAGUCAGACUCUUUGAGACUUACAAAACAUGCAAAAGUGACUGGAAUGGCAGUCUGUCCAUUGAGUGAACAAAAAAUAGCUCUUCUUGUUAGUGAUGGUCGAAUAUUGUUUUUAGAAGUGGCAGCUUAUCACCUGAUACAAAAUGUAAAUUUUCUUCCUCCUUAUUUAUCCAUGAGCAUGGAUCCUCAGCUUUUCACUAAAAAAGAAGAACCUUUCCCUCCAGAUGUAUUGCCCAUUAUUUCUGAUGCUCAUCAUCCUGCCAACACACUCGCUGAUCAUCUUCCGCCCACACUCUAUCGCUAUGAGGACAUUGCCACUGCUUCAGUUAAAAAGACAAAACUGAAAAUGUUUAUUUAUGGAUAUCUUUGUGCACUGUCUGCCCCACCUCAUGUUUUGAGAAUGUGUCCUCCUGUUACAUUUCGCAAUUGGACUAUAUAUAGACCUUUAAUGGCUGUGGGAAAUGCUAGUGGUAGUAUUCAAGUGAUCAAUAUGGCAACAGGAAUUAUAGAAAAAGAAUAUGCCCUUCAUACUUCUCCUGUGAGGGGUAUAGAGUGGAUUGGUCUGACAUCUUUCCUGUCAUACUCCCACCCAAACACUGUUAAUAAUCUUGGCCAAGUCAGAAAUGAGUUGAUGUUGCUUGAUCUGCAGUCUGGCCGUAUCAGGAACCUACGAGAAGAAAGGACUGAAGAAUCACCGAUUGACAUGAUUCGUGUUUCAUACCUUAGGCAAUAUCUUAUUGUGGCAUUUAAAGAUGAGCCAUUUGAAAUUUGGGAUUUACGCCAGCUUGCUAUUCUUCGUGUUAUGCCAAAAAAUUUUCCUGUAGUAACUGCAUUGGAAUGGUCACCUGGACAUUAUAAAAGAAAAGAAUCAUCAUUAGAGCUAUCCUUUGACAAAGUAAAAGAAUCCACACCUUCAAGUUUAGAUUAUAACCCUGAAAGUGAUGGUUCAACAAAAUCAGUGACAUAUACAAAAGAGCAUCUGGUAUUUACAGAUACAAAUGGGCAGCUGUAUCAUUUUUCUGUUGAAGGCAAUGUGGUUAAACAUGGAUCUGUUAUACCAUCUGAUCAAGCGAUGGGUAGCGUGACUUGUAUUGCCUGGAAAGGGGAUCAUAUUGUCUUAGGAGAUGUUGAUGGAAAUUUAAAUAUCUGGAAUUUGAGGGGGAAAGUGUCAAAAGGUAUUUCAACGCAUCGAGGAUGGAUUAAAAAAAUACGCUUUGGACCAGGCAAGGGUAAUAUGAAAAUACUAGUCAUGUACAGUGAUGGGGUAGAUGUUUAUGAUGUAAAAGAAGUUUGUUUUUUACAUCAAGUGAGAUGCCCUCGAGAUAUGCCAAAAGUCCAAGACAUGGACUGGGUUGGAUCGGAUCGCCCUGUCUUGGCUACAGCAGACGGAAGUCUUCGAAUAACAGACAUAACACUGAAACAAUUUUCUUCCAGCAUUCCUGACUAUCAACCCUCAGAUUUUCCAAUUGCACCACAUAUUUUGUCUCCUAAAGUAUCGUUUUACAUGAAAAGUUUCUUGCAUCAUAUAUUAUGGAGGCAGGACUUUAAACCAGACAUUGACCAACAAGAUAAUUCUGAUAUGCUUUGGGCUGAAGAGCAAGUAAAUUCAAUCGGAGAAGAAUUAAAAACGUUUCUAAAAUCAUGUCCUUUUGGUAUUGCUGAACGAUGCUUACAUGUAUCCAGGUUAUUUGGAGACCAAGAAGGAUGCAGAUUUUGGACCGUGGCUUUACAUUACUUGAAACUCGCCAAACGCCAGAAAUUUAAAGUUGAUUCGGAUAUAAAAGAGGAAACAGCUGGUGAAAAUUUUUUUGAUCAGCCAUUGGACACUGGCUUCGACUUCUUUUGUGAUAAUGACGUAUAUAAGAAGUUGCAAUUGGACAGAGUACGUCUACACUUAAGCAAACGAACAACUUAUACUCAAACGCAGCAGUGUGCAGAGCGUCUUUUGCUUUUAGGUCAAACUGACCAAGCAGUUCAAUUGCUUCUUGAAACUGAGUCUGAAAAUGAUAAUUUCUAUGAAGACUGCCUAAGAGCGUGCCUCAUUGCGACUGUUCAGUCGUCUGGUACUUCCCAGUCAAUAAUCAAACUGGUGUCCACCAAUCUGAUAGCCAGUGGUCGAAUAUCAGAGGGUGUACAGCUACUAUGUUUGAUUGAGAAGGCAUCCGAUGGCUGCAGGUACUUACAGGGAUCACAACGAUGGGACCAAGCUGUAUGGCUGGCAAAGUCCACAUUAUCAGUAGCUGAAAAUCGAGAAAUUUUGAAACGUUGGGCAGAUCACUUACGCUCUUCAAAUAUCGAUCAAAAAAAUAAGGCACUUUUAUCUGUGCUUUCCAUUCAGGAAUUUUGGACUGUGAUCAAGUUUUUGCAUUCAUUUGGUAUGUUUGAAAGAGCAGCUCUGUUUCUUCAAGCCACUUUGGAAUUCGGUUUGUUGACUAAAACACCCGAUAACUCUCAAGAUAUAGAUGUUAUUUUUAUGGAUUAUUCAAAAUACUUACUGUCAAUCAAAAACAGAAGCUCUGCUAUACACUACUGUAAAUUGGUAUCGGACAUAGGAGAUGACCUGAGGAAACAAUUCCACUUCAUUUCUGAUGACUCAUAAAACUUCACUGGAGUAUUGACAUUAAUUUCAAAGUUGCUAAAACUUUUUAUUUUCAUUUUAUUUAUGCUUCACUCAAGAUUGAUUCCAAAUACUGCAUUCGGUACUUGUAUAUGGAAUUGCGCUGUAAACUUGAAUUGAC